CUAAACCCUCAUUUCUUCUUCUUCCUCUUUGUUUUUUUUUUUCCUUAGCAGGCUCAGACAUGGAGAAGAUCAGAAGAAGCAGUCCAUCUGCUUCUCUGUUCAUUUUCACACUCAUCACUGCAUUGAUUUCCCACGAUCUUGUAAUCCCCGUGAUCUCUUCCACCACCACCAUUGAAAAUCAGAAAAGCUUUCUCCCUCCAUACCCACAUCCAGGAUCUCCUCCCUCAGGCUCAGGCUCAUAUGGGAAUCCUCCACCAUCUGAUCAUGGCUCCGGUGGUGGCUACGGUAGCCCAUCACCACCUUCUCAUCAUGGAGGUGGUGGGAGCCAUAAUCCGACCCCGUCAACACCUUCUGGCGGCAGGAACUGUGGAUCACCACCGCAUCAUGAUCCUUCUCCAACACCGUCCACCCCAUCAAACCCGCCGUCAAGAGGUGGUGGCGGCUACUACAACUCGCCACCUUCUUAUGGAGGUGGCAGCCCGCCGGCCACCCCAACCGACCCCGGCACCCCCACUACCCCUUCAUCACCCCCUUACCUUCCUUCUCCUCCUUCUUCUCCCUUCACUGGUACUUGCAGCUACUGGAGGAACCACCCAGCAGUCAUCUGGGGAUUGCUUGGGUGGUGGGGAACCCUAGGCAGUGCAUUUGGAGUGACAAGCAGCAGCGUUCCAGGGUUCAGUGGAGCAACUAUGUCCCUUCCUGAAGCUCUUUCCAACACAAGAACUGAUGGUCUUGGAGCUCUCUACAGAGAAGGUACAGCUUCAUUCCUCAACUCUCUUGUCAACAACAAGUUCCCUUACACCACCAAUCAAGUCAGAGACAGAUUUGUGGCUUCCGCUGGCUCCAACAAUGCUGCUGCAGCACAGGCUCAACUCUUCAGAAUGGCCAAUGAGGGACGAAUGAAGCCUCGAGAUUGAUCAGAUAUGAUCAGCAAUUGUUUGGUUUUUGUGUGUUUCUGUUUAUUAAAAAAAAAAUGAGAAUGUUUCAUUAAAUGUAAGAGUUUUAUUCAUCAGCUACUAGCUAGUGUGUGCUGUUUUUGAUUCUUCAGUGUUACUUUGACAAGGAUAGUUUGUCAGUACUCUCCAGCUAUAAAAUUGUUAGCUUCUUUGGUUUA